AUGUUCACUCGUCUUCUCUCCUCUCUCUCUCCGUGCAUCUCUCUCCCUUACUCCCCUUCUUCACUCGCCCUCCUUGUCUUAUUCCUUCUCGUCAUCUUGUUCUUCAUUUCUCGUCGCUCUGGAACCAAUAACCCCUCCUCUCCUCCUCUUCCUCAUCCCUCCAUCCCGUGUAUCCCGAGGCUCCCCCUGCUGGGCAGCCUCCCCUGGCUGGGAGGACGUCUCCCCCCUCACCUGCUCUUCACUCGGCUGGUUAACAGGUAUGGCUCCCUGUACGCGCUCUACCUCGGCCCUCACUACACUGUGGUGGUGAACGACCAUCAACACGCCCGAGAGGUUCUCCUGCAGCGAGGGAGGGACUUCGCUGGACGGCCGAGCAUGGUGACGACCGACCUGUUGACCAGAGGAGGUAAAGACAUCGCGUUUGCAGAUUAUUCUUCUCUCUGGAAGUUACACCGACGCCUCGUCCACAACUCCUUCACUCUGUUCGGAGAGGGAAGCAGUCGCCUGCAGGACAUCGUUCUGUCUGCGGUGGACAGUCUCUGUGUGGAGCUGUUGUCCGGGGGGAGGCGUGGCUUCGAUCCGUCCCCCGCGGUGACCAGGGCCAUCACCAAUGUCGUGUGCACACUGGUGUUCAGCGCCACCUAUCGCCACGGGGACGCAGAGCUGCAGGAGGUGAUCCGAUACAACGACGGCAUCGUGCAGACCAUCGCCAGGGGAGGACUGGUGGACAUCUACCCCUGGAUGAAGGUCUUUCCUAACUCGUCUCUGAGAAAACUGAAGGAAUGCAUCAUCGUCAGAGACCGACUCCUCACUCGCAAACUCGAGGAGCACAAGGCCUCGUUGAGUGACGGUGACCCCCGUGACCUCCUGGACGCCUUGCUGAAGGGUAAGACAGACAGGUCGUCUGGAUCAGAGGGCGAGCUGAUAACGGACGACCACGUCCUGAUGACGGCGGCCGAGGCCUUCGGAGCCGGAGUGGAGACGACGUCCACGACUCUGCUGUGGAUCCUGGCCUACCUGCUGCACCACCCGGAGGUCCAGGAUCGUGUCCAGAAGGAGCUGGACGAACAAAUUGGCAACGAUCGAGCGGUGAGCGUGUCGGACCGCGGCCGGCUGCCAUACCUGGACUGUGUCAUCAACGAGGGCAUGAGGAUCCGACCGGUCAGCCCCGUCCUGAUCCCGCACACCGCCAUGACCCACAGCAGCAUUGGCGGUCACUCGGUCGGUCCUGGGACUCGUGUUCUGGUCAACAUGUGGUCGAUUCACCACGACCCUCGACACUGGGACAAACCUGACCUCUUCAACCCAGAUCGUUUCCUUGACGACAAGGGUCAGCGGGUCACACCCUCCUGCUUCCUGCCAUUUGGGACGGGGCCUCGGGUCUGUGUCGGCGAAUCACUGGCCAGGCUGGAGCUUUUUCUCUUCUUGUCGUCUCUGCUCCAGCGAAUGAGCUUCAGGCUUCCCGAUGGGGGUCCCUCGCCCAACCUGCAGGGGCGCCUGGGCGUGGUCCUGCAACCGUUACCUUAUAAGGUCAUUGUCACUCCGAGGGCGGGAUGGGAGGGCGGAGCAAAGUAA